AUGUACGAUGAUGAGAGCAAAUAUUUCGGUGACUAUGGACCCUUGGAUGGAAGUGUAUCGGAGAAUGGUGCCGCCAGGGGAGGAAGUGGUGGUGUCGGUGUCAAUGCCGGCGGUGGCGGUUGCGGUGGCUCCGAUGCCGAAGCCUCGGAUGAUGGACCAGGAGUUUGCACCUCAAAACCCACCAAAUGCAGUGUACCCUCUAUGGGCCGCGGCGAUGCCAAGUUGACUGCCACCGGGUUUGCACAGAAAGCGGCUCAGGAGGCUAAGGCGGCCAACGAUGCACAGGUGCCGGCCGCCGAGGCUGCUUCCUUUCAGGCCAAAUGCGAAUUGGCCGGCAAGGCCAUCGAGUCGGCCAAGGGUGCCGAAGCCGUCUUGGCCGGCAAACAGGAGCUGCUGGAACAGGCUCGUAUUGAGCUAAACGAUGCCGAAAAGGAGGCAUUGCGGCUAUCCUCAUCGAUGCGUUCCAUGCAAGAUAAUGCCGAUUUGGCCAACAAUGCUGUCCAGGAUAUUCAGGCGGUGCUGGGACAUGUCAAGAAUGUCCUACACGAGGCGGCCAAAAAUGUGGCCAGCCUGCAGUGUGUGGCCAAGGGUGCUUUACAGGAGCUAACCGAAAAGAAUCAAAUUUUAAAGGCGGCCAAAUUUCGGGCUGGAAAUCUUGGCCGUCAGUUGGCCGAGGCCAAGGCCGAUUUUGAUAAGACCAAGAUGGCCGCCUACAAGGCCGUUUGUGCUGCCGUCGAGGCCAAGCAGAAGGCUCAAAGGGCCAGAAGGAUGUCGUGGAUGUAUCUUGAUGAUUUAGUUGAUUUCUUGUAA